AUGGAUUCUCAACUCUAUCGUGCAUCGGGAAAGUCAGCGAAAUUCCAGGAAGCACGGGAUACUUCAACCAGCUUCACCAUCAGCAACCUUUUACAACUGAAGCAGACUAACGCCAGCCAGAAUGGAGAAAUUGAGGCGCGCAUGGACAAUGUGCUAAGCUGGACAGGAAAGGAUCGGAAGCCUGCUGUGUGGUCGGACAACUCCGGCUAUUUAGAAAGUGACGACAGCUGCGACAGCAGGCGCCAGGACAUCGUUUGGACCGGUGACAACCAUGAAACUCAGUCGAACCACAGCGAAGGAUCAGGAUCGAGCGGCUCCAACUCAACCAACAACGACACCCGGUCGAUAUUGCGCUUCGAGAACUCACUUCAAACCAAUCCUCUCAAACGGUACAACGCAGCCAUUACAGACGCAGAGGCUCGUGAUAAAAUUUCGCUUUUUUACCACAAAAGCAUGGCACGCCAACAUCCAGCCAAAGAACGAACUCCGGAGCAGAUGGAGAUGCGUCGACGCAACACGGAAGCGGCACGUGUCAGUAGGACCAAGGCGAAGAUGGCGGAGCUUCUGAUGCAGGAUGAAGCGAAUGAGCUGUGCAUAACAAAUGCAACCCACAAGCAGAUGAUCGCAUCGCAGUUGGUAUAUGCGAAUGAGCUUUCCAAGCGACUGGACAUGCGAGCGGUGGAACUGAACAUUUUCGAACGAGUCGGGCGAAGGACUAGUUAUAUGGCAUAA